AUGAUAGUAAGAUGGCAGAGACUUCAAGCUUACACGUUGAAUUUAGAACAAGUGUUCUUUCUUAAGUCUCCAGCCAAUAAUGCUCUCGUGAAACCCAAAUGGGCCGUUUAUGAGGUUGCACAAAACGCCGGCAGGUGUAAUAAAUUAGGCAUGAGUUACAAGACACCACUCAAUAACAAGUCGAGAAAACAAAGCAAACGUGCUACUUCACAUGAAGAGUCCUUUUGUAAAGUGCAGUUCAUUAGGGUUUCACCGAAAUUCAAUCUGUCACCUGCUUUAGAUACAAUGGCAUUUCUUGCUUUCGUUCUACUUCUUUCCGCCCAAUUUAAGUUGAUAGUUCCUAUGGAAAAAGUUCAGCUUUAUCGUUUUCCAUCGGGUUCUGUUUAUUUUGGUAACUUUAUGCGCAAUCCAUUUAGAUAUCUAUGGGAAGAGAAACUAGCAUCGUCCAUGGUAGCAGAUCGGUCGCAUUGUGCCUUGUUUUGCGUUAACAAACCGAAGUGUUAUUCGUUCAACAUGGCAGCGUAUCCUGACUUCAAAGGUCUUUAUCGGUGUGAAUUACUGGCCACUGACAAGUACAGAUCAACUGAAAGGUUCCACGCCAAUUCUUCCUACCACCAUUACUGCCCUUGGGUAAGAAUUGCAGAUCGCAACGAGCUAAAUGCUUCCUGUGUUGGUUUGUUCGUUCCGUUUUAAUCUCAUUUUUUUGCCAUUUUCUGGGUCUUUCCUCCUUUUUUAUCUAUUUUUGCUGUCAAAGUCAUAACGGACGGUUUACUUGAAGCCAUUUUUCCUCAGUCUCCAUGUGAAAGUGCUGCUUGUAUGAACGGUGCUGUCUGUGUUCCUGAAUAUGAAUCGAACUCCUAUUACUGUGACUGCAAGCCUGGAUUCUGUGGAACUCACUGCGAGCAAGGAGGUAUUAAGUCAGUCAAUAUCUUAUCUGAUACAUGUAUCAUAAGUUGAAAAUACUGCUUUAAAAUAUUAAUGGACAUUAUCUUUUGAUUUUUGAUUUACACUUGGAUAGCCAUGUACAAAUAAAAUAGCUAAAAGUAUUGUGAUACAAUGUUUCCGUCUGGUCCGCUCAUGUCUUAGAGCACCUGACUGCCGUGCGGCAGGUCGAAGGAUCAAGUCCCAGACCGAACCAAUACUUAGGGUCUUAAAAUCAGUGUAAAAAAUCGUUAACUGUUCAGUGCGUCUGGUUAAAGUCUCCCGCAAAGUGUUCUAAAAGCGCCAUGAGCCUCCGGAUAUGGUGCUAUAGAAAUCCUUCAUUAUAAUUUAUGAUAAUUGUCAAUGGCGUCGAAAAUUGUUUUUCCGGUAUUAAGAACACAUAAACGAAGGAAGACUGCUGUGUCAAUUGUUUUCUUCUUUGUUCCCAAGGAGAUAAAACCUGCAGUCAGAUCAAACUUUGUAAUCUCCCAGAUGGUUCUUACUUCAUCGACCCUGAUGGAGAGGGAGGAGUGAAACCAUUCAAAGUCUAUUGUGACAUGACCGACAAGGACGGCGUUGGAGUGACGGUUGUCAGUCAUGACAGUGAACACAGAACACUGGUGGAUGGGUUUAAUAGUAGAGGCAGUUAUUCCCGAAAUGUCAAAUAUGAUGAAUCUGAUUUUGUUCAAUUGGCAAGCCUAACAUCUUCAUCUGCUAACUGCGAGCAGUUUAUAAAGUACGAUUGCUAUCACUCAGUAUUCCUUAAAAAUGGUAAAAUGUUCGGAUGGUGGGUGUCACGUGGAGGGGAGAAAAUGACAUACUGGGGAGGAGUCGAUUUUGUUGACUACAAAUGUGCAUGCGGCUUGACCAAUUCAUGCGCAGACCCUAUCGACGGAUGUAACUGCGACAGUAACGACGAUGUAUGGCGAGAGGACAGCGGUUUACUCACAGACAAGUCCAAGCUUCCUGUGACGCAAUUGAGAUUUGGAGAUACCGGCAUCGCUAACGAUGGUUCAGAUGAAAAAGGAUAUCACACGCUUGGAAAACUUAAGUGUUAUGGACUCAACCAUGAUUUACAGUGA